ACAAGGAUGGUCUUGCAAAAUAGUUACCAUUUUAAUCCAAAACCCUAAACCCCAUCCCCUUGCGCCUAUAUAAACACAAUCUAAAACCCUAGACACUCAUCUCAUCUUCACUUCCGUCUCCAAGCGAAAUCUCAUCUGCAGGUUCUCAUAAAAGAAAACAUGAAGAACCCGAAAGUUUUCUUUGACAUAUUGAUUGGAAAGAUGAAGGCGGGCCGAGUUGUAGUGGAAUUAUUUUCUGAUGUGACACCGAAAACUGCUGAAAAUUUUCGGGCUCUUUGCACUGGAGAUAAGGGGAUUGGAGCAGCAGGGAAGCCACUGCACUUUAAGGGCUCUACAUUUCAUCGCAUCAUCCCGAAUUUCAUGUGUCAGGGUGGAGAUUUCACAAGAGGUAAUGGGACUGGAGGAGAGUCGAUUUAUGGCACGAAAUUUGCAGAUGAAAACUUCAAGUUGAAGCAUACAGGGCCUGGAAUUUUGUCCAUGGCCAAUGCUGGACCAAACACUAAUGGUUCCCAGUUCUUCAUUUGCACUGACAAGACCCCUUGGCUCGAUGGAAAGCAUGUCGUGUUUGGAAAAGUUGUAGAGGGCUAUACUGUCGUUAAAGAGAUGGAGAAAGUGGGUUCAGAUAGUGGGACAACUUCUCAACCUGUUGUUAUUGAAGAUUGCGGUCAGAUAAAAGAUGAGAAUUGAUGUUUGAACAGUUGACAUCAUAGCUUUGCUGAUAUUAUUAGUUCAGUUUAGGAGGCUAUUGUAAAGCAAAUAAAACUUGAAUGUGAUAUGUUUAUUUAGUUUGGAUCCUCUUUAUGUCUAUCUUUGUGUGGAAUUUCUGGUCCUUAUUUAUGGAAAUGGGAUUGGCGAGGCAUGACAAAUAAAUAACAAUGUGUUAAGAAAUUAUUUUCUUCGGUUCAA